AGCCAGGGUACCUGCAUUAUACCCAUAAUCAGAUUAUUUGGAUAACUGGAAAUUAACAAUGCACACUCUUAUGUUCAAGGUUCAGUGGGACCACGAGUUAGGAGAACGUGCAUUCAUCUGUAAAUGCUAUGCCAUGACUAGAGCAUGCAUUCAACACUGAGCUGAUCUGUACUAAUUGAAGACAGACAGGUGAGAGUACUGCUUCUGAUUACUUCUUAUGUGCUCAUUAACAAUUAAGGACUACUUUACAGCAGGAGUCAUUCCCCCUCCCCGUACUCUGAGGGACAGUAAUACAUGCAAGCCUAAGGGAAAGACAAGGUGUACAUUGAGGUAUCAACUCCUGGUGGGGGGGGCAGGGGUCACUUGAGAAACAAAAUAGAAACACAACAGCACUUUGAUAAUCUGAUAUUAACGCUGAAAAACAGGACAGUUGUUGAUCUUCCUUGAAUACUGCCUGUACAUGUAAUGAUGUAUUCCAGAUUUGAUAAGGAGAGGCAUGUUACUAUGGCAACCAAGACCAAGGCAGACCUCCAAUUUGAGCUGAGAAAACGCGGCAUUGUCACCAUUGCCUUUGCCAUCUCGGUGGCCUACAUUGCAUGGGUCUACAUCCCAAUUGAGGUUCCAACUCGGCCUGGUGUGGCUGGCAGACUGAUUUUCACAUUGCGUUGGCUGGCAUUGUCUAUUCUACCUAUCGUUAUUGGAAUCCAGCUUGUUGGCCGGAUUAGAUUUAACAACAUCGAUACAGCCGGGGUUGUGACAACCACACCAUACGCCGAAGAGCUUGUUCGUCUGAGACAGCGUGCUCUCCAGAACACCUUGGAGCAAACGGCACUCCAUGUUCCCAUCAUGCUGGUCCUCAGCACCUACCUGAGUUCAUACUACCUCAAGCUGGUCCCCAUCAUCAUCUGUUUGUUUGUCACUGGUCGGAUCAUGUAUUACAUUGGUUACGUAUUCACUGGUGAUCAAUUUAACCGUGUGUUUGGUUUCAUAAUGACCUCCUUUUCCAACAUGGUUCCACUAAUGUACUGUUUGUAUUACUUGGUUACCAGUGGGGCUAGUUAUGGGCUACGUGUACCGGUACCUCUGAACUAAAAAUAGCCUUGUCCAGAAAAAUCAGGAAGCGUGUAAUCAGAAUUCAAUUUAUGGUAACAAUUUACAGCAUGUAGCACAAAUAAGCUUACACAUGUUGAACAUUUUUUCAAAAGUUCAUAGUUGUUUUUUUCUUUUCUAUUAGUAAGUUCAAGUAUGGAACUUACCUGUACAGAAAGAUUUCAUUUCUGAAAUAAAAUUUGCACUUAUCCAUA